UCUCUCUCACACACCUCUCCUUCUGCCAGACUCCCAGGCCAAGCAGCGUCGCCAUACGGAACAUCCUGCCCUCAACGGAGAGGGGGAGGAGAGAGAGAGAAAGAUAGAGAGAGAGAGAGAGAAAGAGAGAGAGCUGUCCUGAGUGUGAGAACAGGGACAGGGAGAGAGAGGCUGUGUGUGUGUGUUAAGAGAGAGAGAGACGAGCUCUGGCGUCUCCUGGUAGUAAAUCUAUCAGGUCUCGAGCACAAAAACUCACAGGAACAGAAAGAGAACAGGGAGAAGACGUCUCGCGGAUAUCUGUAUGCUCUCCUGGUUACCUGCAGCAGCUGCACGUGAAGCCUUGGAAUAAAUCCCCCGACUAGAAGGAAGGAUGGUCGCGCGGACGGGCUGCGCGCUCUGAAGUUGGACAGACUACCGAGACAUCGACAGCAGCUUUUCCUCCCCCCCACCUACCCGAACCCAGUAAAGUCAGCAGCGGCACCGCGAGGCUGUGCCCGCGCACCCCAUCAUGAAGCUGCCCUGGCUACUGCCGCUCGCGGCUCUGCUCGCUCACACCGCCACGGCACAGACUUGGUCGCCCCCUCCCGAUGACGACGGCUCGGCGAGAGACGACAUCUACGACGAUGACGAUCUCUACUCAGGCUCCGGCUCUGGCUUUCCUGACAUCAGGCUGAGGCCGACGUCGGCGGGCGUGACCUUCACCACAGAGGAGACCCUCCUCCUCUCCACCACCCAGGCAACAGGCCCCGCCCCCUCCGCCUCACCCGCCGCCGAGCCCAGCCCCAACCCGGAGGACCCCAUCGCCACCCCACUGCCCACUGAGGCCGAGGGAGAGAGUGGUGCAUUCUGGGACAGAGAGAAAGAGCUGGAGAAGGAGAGAGAGUUGGAGACGGAGAGAGAGAAGGAGCAAGAGAUGCAGAGGGAACUGGAGAAGGAGAAAGAAAGGGAGAGACAGCUGGAGAGGGAGAGAGAGAGGGAACGAGAGAGGGAGCGGGUCCGAGAGCUGGAGAAGGAGAGGGAGCGCGAGCGAGAGAUGGAGCGUGAGAGAGAGCGAGAGAAAGAAAGAGAGAGGCAGAUAGAGCGUGAGCUUGAAAGAGAGAGAGAGCUGGAGCGAAUCAGAGCCGCCGCCGCCGCCGCCCAGACCACCGCCAUCCCCGUGGUUAUCACCGAGCUGACAACCAUCCCUGCUGAGAGCGCGGCACCCUCUGCAGGCUCGGAUGACCUGAGCACCACAGAAGAAGAGGAGGACGUCUACAUGUCACCUGAACCCACAGCGUUUUUCCCCGGCUUCGACAUGGAGACUACCACAGAGGAAGACGCGUCCACCACUGCAGAGACGACCACAGAGCAGACCACCGCCGCACCCCCUCCCCCCACCACCGCUGCACCCACCACCGUCAGGACCAGGGUGUCCUUCAGGCCCAGGGUUCCCAUGACGACAGCAACACAGGCGGCGCCGUCAGAGAGUACGACCCGCUCACAGCAGCCCAAAUCUACACAGGAGACUAACAACGAGGCGGGUGCUGCAGGAACCAGUGGAGACUUUGAGAUCCCUGAUGAUCGUCGUAAUGAUCUGGGUCGAGGUUUGUUUCCAGUGGAUGCUGAUCUGAACGGGAACACGGUGGACGGAGGAAGCUCUGCCGCCCAGCUGCCUCAGAAGAACAUCCUGGAGAGAAAAGAGGUCUUGAUAGCGGUGAUAGUGGGAGGAGUAGUGGGCGCCUUGUUUGCCGCUUUCCUGGUGAUGCUGCUGGUGUACAGGAUGAAGAAGAAGGACGAGGGCAGCUACACGCUGGAGGAGCCCAAACAAGCCACCGUCACCUACCAGAAACCAGACAAGCAGGAGGAGUUUUACGCAUAACACUCGUACGGCAGAGAGACAAACCGCACACGGAGGGAGAGAGAAAGAGCGAGAGAGAGAGAGAAGAGGGAAAGAUACUCUAAGCCCCCGUCCUCCUCUUCGUCGCCUCCCCCUCAUCCCUCUCUCCUCUCGUGUCCGAAACACUUGAGAGCUCCUCUCUCUCUCUCUGCGGACUCAGAACUUUCUUUUCAAUGAAAAUGAAAAAGAGGAAAAAAAAAAAAAAAUCCAAAUAUAUUCUGAAAAAAUAACACACAUACACACAAGAUGUUUUUAAAGUAAAUGUUGUUAUUAAUAUUCUACAGAUUCUCUUGUUCUGUGUGUAAUGAUAUGAUUAUUUUGUAAGAAAAACAAAGAAAACAAAACACAAGCUCUUAUCCUGUGUUUUCCAGCACAAAAAAAUCUUCCUCCUCAGUUUUUAUGGAGCAAAUUAAAAAGCUUGAAAGAAAGAGGAGAGGGGCGAGUUGAGCGAGACACAAAAGAAAAAGACGAGUGAUGGCCUCGACUCUGUCCCUCGCCCACGAAAAACACACAGAGCAUCUGGUUGGCCGCAUAGAGCCCAGGGUCAAAGGUCAGAGGAAAGGUCUCUUUUGUGCCUUCCAUCCCUCUAGUGCUCAAAGACGCAAACACAUCCAUACAGCCACAUAAACACACGGUUACGGUUACACACACACACACACACACACACACACACACACACACACACACACACACACACACACACACACACACACACACACACACACACACACACACACACACACACACACACACGUGUAUCUGCUCGAUUGGUGGUUCUGACCUCUCUCUGUGCUCGGCCAACCAGAAAACAAUGCUCAACCCUCGGUGUGUGUCACAACGUCGAGGAGCCGCUGUGGAAACUUUGGCUGGUCGCAUAGAGGCCGAUCUGCUCCUCUAAGCUGUACAAAGACUAGUUACGGAUAGUAAUAAUAACCAAUAAUAUAUCAAUGUUUUGGGCUGGACGGUGACAAAUAAUAAUAAUAAUGAUAAUAAUAAUACCAUUAUAAUAAUAAUAAUACCAAAACAGGAGGAUGUGUAUUUAGCAAUUAAAAAAAAAGUUUAUAUGUAAAUAUCAGCGUAUCCUUUCUGGCAACACUAACCAUCUGCAUGAUCAUGAAGAGUUUUUAUUCAUCACAUCCUUCAUCACUUUAGAUGAGCUGUGCUCUCGUCAGCCACACACACACACACACACACACACACACACACACACACACACACACACACACACACACACACACACACACACACACACACACACACACACACAACUUGCUGUGCAUUUAAUUACACCACACAGACUUUUUAAGUAUACUUUUCAUCAUAUUCUAACGCUUAAUCAAACCCAUCGUCAUCACUUGUGAAACGAGCGAGAUCAGGUGGUUUCAAUAUGUUAUUGAUUCGUUAUCAGUUGCAGGUUGGUUUAAAGUUUGCUCGGUUUGUGUCAAAGCACAACUACAUGUCCAGUCAUCACCUCAUCUGAUAUCUCCCCCCCCCCCCCCCCCAUCACUCCCAGACGCACCUUUUGCGUGGCUCACUUUCUUUUUCUUCCAUCAUUGGCUCUCUGUUUGGGGAUGGGUGGGGCCUCUGGGAAACGAGAGGGGCUUUAAUGAGAAACCGAAAGUGUGAAUCCGCACAGGAAGUUGCUCCAUACAUGCACUAAUUCAUUCAAAUCAUAACUUCUGUCAUUAAAGCUUUGGUUAUGAGGAGGAACUCUGAAUCGGUGUUGAUGGGGUCAACUUUAACCUGUUGUGGACUCGUUUUGGGGAGGGGAAAACAGGGGGGAAGGGGUUUGGUUUGGGGAAUGUGAGGAAGAGACAGGAGGGCUGUGCUUCUAUCUAAGAGAUUGUAACAAUAACCACACCAGUGCGACUGGGCUAGUAGCUUCUAUUAUACUCAGUACUGUAGAACAAAAAUGCAUGGGAGUCAAAACUAAACUAGUCUGGGUGUGUGUGUGUGUGUAUGUAUGCUUGUGUGUGUGUUUCUGUGUGUUUGAAAGGAAAAGAGAGGUGAAUUAAAGUUGGAAUGUACUGUGGCCGAGUGUGUGUUUACCUACUCCAGCAGUUCUCACGCUCUUCCACAGACAGGUAACACACCUCCACCACUCCUGUGUGUGUGUGGUGUGUGUGUGUGUGUAUGUCGCCUGCCCCCUCGCCAGCGUGAGUGUGUGUGUGUGUGUGUGUCUUCACCUCAUCUAUACCACCCGUGUGUAUGUCUGUGAGUGCUUCACCUUGGUAUUUCACAGCAGACUCUUGUGUACACUGACUAGCCUGUCGACGUGUUUGUGUGUCUGCGAGUGUUCCUGUUCACUGCUGAACGAGGGGCAGCUGGUCCCUCACAGCGGCUUUCACACACACUGACUGUGUCUUUUCACUGUCUGUCUGUCUGUCUGCCUGCCUGUCUCCCUGCAGCAGACGGACAGACAACACGCCACUUUCUCACAGGCAGGAAUGAUCUUAAUACGUACUAUCUUUUAUAAAGUGACUGUCAGCGUAAACAAAAAGUGAGUGUUUGUACCCAUCUAAGCCUGCGUAGCCAAAUAAGACGUGUGUGUGCGUGAGUGAGAAAGAGAGGGUUAAUUUGUACGUGUGUGAGUGUAGGUAUGAAUGUGUAUGGAUGUAAGUGUGUGUGAAGCCCAACGGAGGCUACACUACUCUAUGUUUGCUGUUCCCAUUCCUGUUUUUAUACAUUUGCAUUUUUUUAAGGCUGAGUUUCUGUCAUUGGCUGAGUGAGCGAGAGGAGGCGGAUCCUCCACUCACCGCCCUGUCACUAAUCUGCCACUCUGUUCCAAAUAAAAAACCUGGUUGGGUAAAUCUG